AAUAUGAAUCUGGUUAUAAUUAUCACUCUCCUAGUUUCUGUGACUAUCCAAGUGUUGUCAACCACUUGUGAGUCAAGAAACGGAAAUUAUAAAGAACAUUGCAGGAGGAGUACUUCAGAAUCUGAUCGCGAAGUACGUAUGUUACUUAUUGGGAAGACUGGAGUUGGUAAAAGUACCACCGGCAACACCAUAUUAGGAUUUCCUGCAUUCGAAACCAAAAUAUCUGCAACCUCUGUGACAGCCAAUACACAAUUCGACGAAACAGAGAGAUUCGGCAAACAAUUGGUCGUCAUAGAUACUCCAGGUCUUUUUGAUACAAAUCGAACAACAACCGAAGUUCUUAUAGAAAUGUCCAAAUGGUAUUCUCUAGCAUCUCCCGGAAUUCAUGCUAUACUCUUAGUAGUUGAAAUCGGAAGAGUUACUGGUGAAGAACAAAAGACAGUUGAUUUCUUCCUGAAAGCUUUCGGUGACGAGUUGAAAAAAUUCCUGAUUGUAGUAUUUACCCACAAAAACAAACUAGACGAAGAACAUAUGACUAUUGACGACUUUGUUAGAACGAUGGAUAAAACUUCAAACUUGAAAAUUAUUAUUGAUGAGAUAGACGAGAGGUAUAUCGCCAUCGGCCUUAAAGGUCGAAGAGAAGACCGAGAUAAAGAAGUAAGCCAAAUACUGUCCAUGAUUGAAACGAUGGGAAAGAAAAAUGGGCGGUCAUACUAUAGCAACAAUAUAUUUCAACGAGUGGAAAAUAUAAUAAAAAACCAUGUAAAGGAAGAAAUUGAAAAGUUAAAGAGCCAAGAGAAAACGUACACACAAGAGGAACUUCUGCUCUUACUGAAGGCAGGAAGGUCCGACUCUCGUAUUAAUAUUAUCAAUGCCAACCAACAUGAGGAAGGAUUGCUUUCAAAGGUUGUUUCUACAGUAUGGUCUGGGUUAAUAGCCGCAGGCGCACUAGCAACAAACACAGUCGGUUAUGUUUUUUCUAAAGUCGGUGGUUUGUUUGGAUUCUGACUUUUCGUACAAUUGUCUGUAAUUUGUUU